AUGGCUUCCAAAGCUCUUUCGCCUUCGGUCAAACCCCAAACUUUCAAGGUCCUCCAGAAAAUCGAUGGUCAAUUCUGCUACGAGGAGGUCUUGGUCCGCCUUCUUCAUUUCUGGAAAGUGAGAAACUUUAAGAGAGGCAACGCGCUCAUAGGUGUUGAAAGUCUUCUCCAUGACUCAGAGAACCAUAGGGAGCUAAUGCUGGUUGUGCCAAAGAUGGAUGUCAGUUACGACAUGAAAUCCAAGAUGGAAGUGAUGCUUCAUCACACCAAGGCCAACGUUGCUGUCGGAGAGGAGUUAACGUAUGAUUACUUAUUUGGUCCAGACGAGCCUCACGAAUGCAAGGUUCCAUGCUUAUGUAAAUUCGCCAGCUGUAUGAAAUUCUGA